UCCCUUCCCAUCUCUCCGUUGCUCUCCUCGCCCCUCGCCCCUCGUCGACGUCGUCGUCUCGUCUCCAGCUCCGUCGCCGGCCUCGCGCGCGCCGCCCGGGACCUUCCGUCCCCGCCCAGCCUCGCGCUCGCCGCCCCCGUCCACCCCUCCGCGGUCUUAGACAGGUUUCCGUGAAAAUGGCAAGAAAUGCAAGGGCAAGGAGGCAUGUGGCUCGUCAGCUCAGGCCCACACCAUACCCCAUUCCUUCAUACCGCUGGAAGGCAAUGAAAGAAUCGAACCGGAAGAAGUCACUGCCAACCAUGCAGAAGAUGGACUGGGAAGAUGCCAACUGCUCUGUGUGCAUGGAAUAUCCACACAAUGCUGUUCUACUCCUUUGUUCAUCUCAUGACAAGGGCUGCCGUCCUUACAUGUGUGGAACUAGCUACCGGCACUCGAAUUGCCUCGAUCAGUUCAAGAAGGCCUAUACUAAGGGGGCACUGCUUGAGGAAUUGCCUUCCGGCAAUUUUGGCAUCAGCCUAGACUCGGCACCAUUGACUGCAGCCGAGAAAACAGAGUCCAUCGACCUUGCUUGCCCAUUGUGUCGUGGCAAAGUGAAGGGGUGGACUGUGGUAGAACCAGCUCGAAGUUAUCUUAACGGAAAAAGGAGAACAUGCAUGCAGGACGGUUGCUCAUUUGUGGGGACCUACGGGGAGCUUCGCAAGCAUGUGAAGUCAGAGCACCCUCUUGCACAGCCAAGGGAAGUAGAUCCUUCAAUUGAACAGAAGUGGAGAUCACUCGAAUUUGAAAGAGAGAGGCAAGAUGCACUCAGUACAGUUACUGCAUCAAUGGGGAAUGCUGUUGUUUUUGGUGACUAUGUGGUCGACUUGGAGGAUGGACUGGACUUGGAUGACGAAGAGAGUGAUGACGAUGAUCGUGACAAUGGCCGCGAGGCGGAUAAUGCUCGAAGAUUGAUAAUAUUUAUGAUGCGUCAAGUUGCUCAGCAUCAUCGGACCUUUCAAAGUGCAACCGCUGCAUCCGGCAAUGCCGAGGAAGAGUAUGUGGUGAGCAGUGGUGCCAAUGGAACCACCCCUUACCCUUACCCCUCUGAAGGUGAUGAUGAGGAUGAUAUGGAUUUUGUUGGGGGAAGAAGCACAGGUGUGUUGAGACCAGAGAGGCGUCGCCGGCGACGCCGUAGGAACCGCGGAAGACUGUUUUUAGACUCUAAUUGAGGUGGCAAGGGCUUUGCCGCCGGAGGAGUACAUGCACAGCUGAUUCCCUGGCCCCUAGCAUUCAUCAAUUUCAACCUAAAUUUACUUGUUAUUACCAUGUACCAAAGUAGUUGUCUUAACCUCAGCUCAUUGCUGUGCAUCAAUGUAUCAUCUCACAUUCUUUGUUGAAAAGGGAAAUGACGCACCCAUCUUGUGCGGUAUGUGUAGUUUCUAUUUGUU